AGAGUACUCGGCGGUAUCGCGUAAUGCGCUGAUAACAAAUCGUUCCUUUGGCGAAACGAGCUCACUUCGGGAGAAAUAUCACAAUUACCGAAAACUGAUUACGCGAUACUUUCAAGUAUUUUAACUAACAAGUGUGAAUUUGUAUCUUUUCCAGGUGAAACAUUCUUGUUCCAUAGUUAAGUGCAUUUUUGAACCCUAUAGUCUGCAUAUGUUCGUAUAUAGUUGAGAGUGUUGGAGUUAUACGAAAUUUAAAAAGAAAUCAAAAGAAGUGCAAUCUGAGUGGAUUUAUCGCGGAAUAUCUACGCAACAUACGAAAGCGGAUUAAGAAAACGUGACUACUGCAUUUAGGUAUAAAACAAAGUUGAUAUAAUUUGUGAGCGGAAAGGGCAAAAACAAUGAAAAUGGGUAGCCAUUUAUGGCUAUUUUUAUUAGGUGUAAGUUUUGCAUUAGUCAUCGCACAGAACACAAACAAAAUCGACGAUGACGAAAUUGAUAGGUCGAAGCCAAUGGCAUUUAAUCCAAUGUACAAUAAAAUGUUGCCACUCCAUAAAUUAGGAUUGGAAACGGAGAAGCCAAUGACGGAAACAGCACCACCAACAAGUGAAAUUAAGGCGACAACCAAAGUACCCUCGAAAAUUGAGGAACCGAAAAUUCAGAAAAUCAUCAGAGUAAAUGCUACAAAAGCUCCUGAUACCUCAAAAACAACAAACUUUGAUACUGCAUACAACUAUGCUGAGGAUGAUGAUGAGCUAUACGACGAAGAUUAUUACGAAUACGACGAAAGUAACGAAGUUAACAGCACGACACCAGCUCCUAGCACAGCUAAUACUAACAAGAAAACGAAAACGAAAGGAGAACUCCAUUUGAUUAAAGGAAACGAAAUGGACGAUGUGGAGGAAGUUCCAAUUAAGAGCGAGAAUCACAUCGAAGACGUAGACGAAAAAGAGGACGUUAUCUUCAGUGAAAAUGUUCCUUGCCCUCGUGAUUGCGUAUGCAACCGCAACUUGAACAGCUACUUGGUUGCAACAUGUAACAGGCUCGACGCUGAUAUUCAGAAAUUCGGUUCCGAUAUUACUGACCUCGUCGUUGUUGAUGUCCGCCCGAAAUUCCCGAUCAUAUUGGGACCAGACUUCUUUGUUAAAGUUGGUUUGAAGCAUGUGUCAUCCGUCAAAAUCGUUAACUGCACCGUGGAAUAUAUCCAUCCAACUGCAUUCCAAGGAUUGAAUGAACUGUACUCAGUCAAUCUGACCAAUGUCGGUCUAACUAACUUGCAUCCUGACACUUUUGCUACCAAUAAGGGUCUUCGUUUACUGACGAUUUCUGGAAAUGAUUUGAACUUUAUGACCAAGAAAGACACACCUUACGGCCGCUACAUGCUAAAGGCGCCAAGUGUAGAAGAAUUAGAUCUGUCCAAUAACAAUUUGCGUGAAUUGCUCCCAACAGCAUUCACUCAACUCGAAAAUGUGGUCUUCAUCAAUUUGGCUCACAAUUUCCUUAAAGCUUUGCCUGAAGGUCUUUUCGAUUCGGUGGAAACCAUUGAAGAGUUGGAUUUGUCAUUUAAUUCGAUUAGCUUCCUGCCCCCGUAUAUCUUCAACCGAACUGCCUUGGCUAUACUGAACCUUAUGUACAAUGAAAUUUCCAACGAUUUGAGUUUCGGAACUCCAGAUUUGGAACGACUGGAUUUGAGCUACUGCUCAAUUAAGCAUAUUAAUAACAUGAUGUUCAGCAAAAUGGACGGAUUGAUUGACCUUAAGUUGAAGGGUAACUCCAUCCGCAAGAUCCAACCCGAAGCAUUCAUUUCCAUGAGGCAGCUGGCUCACAUUGACCUUUCAUUCAAUGACUUGGAACAAGUUUCGAGUCUUAUGUUCUUUAAGAAUUCAGAGCUUGAGAAGAUUAAAUUGAAUGACAACCCAAGAUUGAGCCAACUUCCUCCAGAUGGAUUCCAGGUAUACACCAAGCACUUCAACAAGGUGGAAUACUUUGAUGUCUCGAACUGCGCCAUUGGAGCCAUUGGUCAUAACACAUUCUCAACAAUGCCUGAAUUAGUCACUUUGAAGAUGGCAUGGAAUAACAUCAACAACCUGGAUCGUGGCACCUUUACCGCAUUGAGCCGAUUGGUCAAAUUAGAUCUGAGCAACAACUUAAUCAUCAAGCUUGACGAACUUAUCUUCUCCAGAAACCACGAACUUUCGUCUAUUAACCUUGCGGGCAAUCCUAUCAGGAGGAUCAGUGCCAUGCACUUCUCCACCAUCAACAAGCUCCAAGAGCUCGACGUCAGCGAAUGCGAAUUAAGCCAAUUGCUCAGCGAUCCAAACUACGAAGCCUUCAAGAACUUCAGAUUCUUCUCAACUCUUCGAUCGUUCAAUGCAUCCAGCAAUAGCAUCAGGAGGAUUUCCCGAAACGAUGUGAAAUGGUUCAAGAGCCUCAAAUCCUUUGACAUCACAUUCAAUCCAUUGAAAUGCAAUGAAGACUUCCUGGACUUGAUGACUUGGUUAGGCAAGAAGGGUAUCGUUUCUGGAAAGGUUCGUAUGAGUGAAUCACUUGACGAUUCAUUUGCCAUUGCAUCUGAUGCUGCCCAGACCUGGGAUCAAUUGGCAAAGGAAGUAUGCAAACACGAGAGUCAUCCAGAAAUUCAACCAAGGAAGGAAGUGCCUGAAGUAAAGGUUGAAACUCCUGUUGAACAACCACAGAAGAAUGAUAAGAAGGAAACCGAGGAUGCGAAGAAGAAUGACACUGAGUUCAAUGAAGACGAUGCUGAUGAAGACGAAGAUGAUGAGGACGAGGCUGAUGAUGAGGACGAUGAUGAUGAGAACGAAGAAGAUGACAGUGAAUAUGACUACGAUGAAGAUGAUGACGAGAAUGUUGACCAAGAUGCUAAGGACAAGAAGCCUAUCAUCACCGAUAAAGGAUUUAUUGCUGAUGAAAUCAACGUGAUUAAGGAGACUGAGGAUAAGAUUUUGCGAGCCGUCUUUACUCACAAUACUUCAGAUAAAUUGCUGAACAAGGAAGAGAUCGUCAUCGAGCGCGGCACUAUCUACUACUCGGACUACUCCUUCUUCUGGCCGAUUUUGAUCAUGGUCUCCACUGCAAUUAUCAUCCUGAUUGUCGUCGGCAAGGUCGUAUCCUGUGUGAUGCGAAAACGUGGUGAACGCUACCGACAGGCUAUCCUUGCAUCAAAGAAUAAUUUCGUCUACAAGAAAUUAUCGGAGGACAUUGUCACUCCGCAAACUCCAAAAGUCCAUCGAUAUGCCCCCAUUAAUCAAGUUUAAAUAAGACUAAGCUUAAAAUAUAACAGUUUUUAUUAUGAAGAAUAUUAAGGCUGGACCACUAUGUUCCAUACUAACAAUGAAAGUGAAAAUUGUACUAAUCAAGAGAUUUACUGUGCUGUACUUAAAACCAUAGUUCUGUGUAGGAAAUCCAAAGGAUUAUUAUCUAUGAAGUUGUGUUUUGGUACUUAGCUUGUCGUUCGCACAUUUUUUGUUGCACUGUUUUUAGUUUUUAUCCGGGAAAGAGUGUGGGGAAGCAGAGCCGCAGAGUACUUUGCCUGAGCGGAUCAUGGGGUAUGCCAGCCAAAUUCCAAAUUCUUCAUUUAUUUUCCAACCCAUUGGGAUGUAUUUUCUUUGUUUGUUUCAAUUACGUGUAUUCCACCUCUUUUCCAAGUCUCCAAAUCAAAUGAGCUUUUGUUGCAUUUGCAAGCAUUCCAUUACUUUAAUAUCAUUUUUAUUCUCGUAAAUUGGGUGAACAGCCGAAGUGCAUCAUUGGAAGCCUUCUCUUGAGGCCUAAGUUAGAGCAGACUUUUUCUAUUUAGAGAGUUAAAGAAUAAUCGCACCUAACAUUCCAUCGCAGUAACAGAUAUUCUAAAACGCGUACGUACAUAUUUCCGGUAACGAAUUCAAAUCACGCACUAACCUGAACAUAUCCUUGAGCAGAUAGCAAGCAGCCAAGUCGCUGGACUUUCUUGGAGUAAAUGUGCAUCAACAGAUAGCACGUAACACAUUUAUUUCGAUUCCCGUUUACAUAUUUUGAUUUUUGUAAAAUUCUGGAAAUAUCAUGAUUUUUUCGAACAAUAUCUUUGUCUGUUUUUUUGUAAAUGUUUUUACUUAUUAUAUAAUUAUAUUAUUAUUGUACCUAUUCAUAAGAAUAAACAAAAGAUGCAUAUGUGUAGUAUUUAGGAAGUAAUCAAAUACAUAUACAUAUGGUAACAAAGUCAAAUUAAACAUUUUUUAGAUGACCCACGGUGCCUUUGGAAGCUCCUUAUGCAGACACACGUGAAUGCGCGAAAUUCUGUUUCCAUUUUCAGUCCUUUUGUUCUCUGUUGUAGUGCCAUUAUUGAAAAUAAAUUGGUCAGGUAGAAGCCAGAA